CCGGAUUCAUUCCGGCGUUGCAGAAAUAAUUUUUCUCAUGGUCCUGCCGGUCCUGCCUUACCUUAACUAAUCUACAUACCUUGGACCAUACCUUUGCUAAACGUCGUAGGCUGCCAUCACAAUAACAAAAACAACAGCUGCAGCAGUCGAAAUUUAAUUCGGUCUAAGAAAAAAAAUAUCAAAAUUUGAUUAAUUUUUCAAAGGUUUAGAAAAUAUUUUCGUAGUACGGAAAGGCAAGGGAAUCGAUUGGAUAUUACGCAAAAGGAAAAUGUCGUUUCGGCUGCUGACGACUCGAUUCUUCAAACAUGGUCGAUUGUUGGUUCAGAACUAUCUUAAACGAGACAUCCACGUCAACAUUUUGGACAACGGCCGAAACCGGGGCAUCCUGACAGCUGAGCUGAAAUCCGUGGCCCAGCAGCAACAGCUCCGAACAUCAAACAGUUUCCUGCGGAAUCUGGGACGUCGCCUCUUUGUCGACAAUGUACUGAACAGAGUCACCAAUCCGUACUCGGCGGAACUCCGAGAAAAAACCAAGAGGUCUAUGUUUGGUGGUGACGCGGCACCAUUUUUCUCGUUGAUUGGAGUCAGUCUAGCUUCCGGCGAUGGAAUGCUCACUAAGAAUGACGAGCUCGAGGCAGUUUGCUGGGAAAUCAGGAAUGCCGUUUCGCGCUUCCAAUCCAAAGCUUGUGAGCUGGAGAUAGAAAAACGUCUGGACGAGAAUCUGGGAUUGGACAAGCUUGAUGUUGGUCCCCCGUUGGCAAAGGGUUGCUCCGCCGUGGUGUAUGCCGCGGCUUUGAAAGACAACAGUGCCCAUCCGGAAAACUCUAACCAGGGAACGACCACGGAAGAGCAGUUCAAUUUUGUUGCUGAAACGGGACAGCUUCUUUCUCCGAGCCAUAAUGUGGAUCGAUACAUGCAGCACUCCUUCGGGGGCAGCGUUGAUAAUAUUCACAAGUAUGAACCUCGGGUUGAUUUGCCCAUGCAGCGAAAUUUGAGAGAAAUUGCCAUCGACAGUCUGCAGCAACGUGCACGAUCGACCGAAUCACUGGCCGAGGCCAAGCCCGAGAAGAGGAAAGCAGGACGAGUGCGGUUCGACAGCGGUUCCUUUGCUGUACAGCAGAGAAGUAGACUGCUUUCGGACGCUAUCGAAGAAUAUGUGGAUACACAAACGUCAGACAGCGAUGUUGCGACCACGCUUCAUCAGUACAAUGCUGAAGCUAGUAUUGAGCAGUACCCACUAGCCCUCAAGAUGAUGUUUAACUAUGAAAUUCAAAGUAACGCGAUGGCCAUCUUAAAGGCCAUGUACAAGGAAACAGUGCCAGCCAAAAGACGGAAUUACUCCGAGAUGGACGAAUGGGAGAAAGUUCUUAUGGAGCGAACGGCAUUUUUGCCACCCCAUCCGAGCAUUGUGGAAAUGUACGGCGUCUUUUGCGACCAAAUUCCUGAUUUGCACAUGUCGACAUCACUGUAUCCGAUGGCUUUGCCACCCCGUCUCAACCCGCAAGGUUAUGGACGCAAUAUGAGCCUAUUUCUUCUGAUGAAAAGAUACAACUGCAGCCUGAACGAUUACGUUACGCAGACAACAAACCUGGACAUGCGCUCGCGGAUCCUCCUCUUCACCCAGCUGCUGGAGGCAGUUUCUCAUAUGAAUCGCUACGGUGUGGCGCAUCGCGAUCUUAAAAGCGACAACAUUCUGAUUGAAAUUCGUCCCGACAUGCCCCCGUCGCUGGUGCUGUCCGACUUUGGCUGCUGCAUCGCUGACAAAGUCAACGGGCUCAAAAUACCGUUCACGUCCGGUGAGAUCGACAAGGGCGGCAAUACGGCGCUGAUGGCACCGGAAAUUAUCAGCAAACAGCCGGGAGCGUUUUCCAUUCUUAACUAUACCAAAUCGGAUCUGUGGGCGUGCGGUGCAAUCGCGUAUGAAAUUUUCGGAUCUCGUAAUCCUUUCUAUGGCAACAAAAACGAUCCGAACAUCUUGAAGAAUGUCAACUAUCAAGAUUGCGAUCUGCCACCACUCAAUGAAGACGUGCCUCUUUUGGUGCAGAAACUUGUCCAAAAUAUGCUCUGCAGGAAUCCGAAUGAACGCCUCAGUGCGGACGUUGCCGCCAACGUAAUGCAGCUCUACCUGUGGUCUCCUUCGUCCUGGUUAAAGGCCAGCUUCAGCCCAUCCAGUAGCGAAAUUCUGCAGUGGCUGUUGAGCCUCACGACCAAGAUACUCUGCGAGGGACGGCUGCAGCCCACCGGCAACGAAACCAUGGGUCGCCGAACCUACAUGGAGUAUCUGCUUAUUUCGAGCUUUCUAGUGCGUGCCGGAAUUCAACGAAUCAAGCGGGCUUUGAAUUGGAUUCAUGCGCAGCAGCAGUAAAGGGAGCAUUCAGUGUGGCUUGUAUAUUUUGUAAAUUUAUGCGUUUAUUAUAUAUUUGGGUUGCAUACAUUGUUACAGAAGUGUUAAUUGUCCUAAAUAUUUAUUUUAAAAUUACUCCCACAUUUAGAGAUUGCUGCUUGAAAUUAUCAUAUUUACUGUAUCAAUGUAAAAUACCUGGCUGAAUGAAGAUCAACCAAGUUUUCUUUAUUUAAUCUAGCUUUAUACAAAAAAAACCUGGAGAAUGAAUUUAAUCCUAUUUGUACCUACCUGUUCGGCUUUUUUGUAUUCCUCGACUUUUUUUUAUUAGGUCCUAUAAACCAAUGUAAACAUUUUUAUUAGGUCCUAUAAACCAAUGUAAACAUUUAGUAUCCCUUUCAUACCUUAUGUCAAUGUCCAUCGGAGUAAGCGGGAUAAGUCAACGUGCUUGUCGGCGGGUUCUGUGAGGUAUUUAUAGUACAGCGAAUGGUUCAGAGAGACCGAUUGCGUUAAGGCUCUCAGUCGCUAAGUCGAAAUUGUUUGCGAUCUGCUUUGUUAUUCAAUUCAAUUCGAUUCGGUUUUAUUGUAAUUGUAAUUUGUAAUUUAUUGGAAACGAUAGCCUGUUAGUAUAACACUUUGUACCAGGUUAAGGAAGGACGUUGUGAUGAUUACUUUGGAUCCAAAAUAAAAGAAACAAAUUAACACCUAAA